GAAGUGACAUAUCUUUGGCGAGAGUUGCUCUGGAAAACUGUAAAUAUUUACUAAACAUCAGUAUGUUUACCAAAGUUAGUUAACGCUUGGAUAGGAAGCAACAGAUGCAGUGGAAUCGUGGCAGCAUUGUGUGAAAGUGUCUCUACUGCAUCUUUUCGGAGGCAAUAUUUUCCUCACACUUGCGAGAGAUGGGGAAAAGGAAAGAAAGCAGUUCCGACGAUGAAGGUGUAAUUGACAAUACACCAAUAAAGAAGCACAAGAAACACAAGCAUAAGAGGCAUAAGAAACGCAAAACUGCAGAAGAUGGUACAGAGUAUGAAGAUACCGAGCAAGCUAAAGCAGCAGCCUUCAGACUUAAAAUUAAGUUUCAGAAAGAAGCAGCUGAAAAGAAUGCAACGAAUGUGCAAGAAAAGUCUAAAGAUAAGUCGUCUCCUACGAAACCUGUCGAAAAGCAAGGGUCUUCGCCGAAAGCAUCAAAAAAGAAGAGAGUCAAAGGAAAGGAAAGUGGAACGUCGAGUGAAGAGGAGAGGUGGUUAGACGCAAUAGAAUCUGGUAAGCUGGAAGAAGUUGAUGACGAACUGAAGAAAAUUAAGCCGAAGGAUCCCAAGUUGAUGACUGCAAGACAGAGGGCUAUGUUCGAGCGGAAAACCGAUAAAGAAUGUGGGCCUGAAUCUGAACAGCUGUUGGCGUUGCCUUCUGGAUAUAAAGAAAAGGUAAUGACAGCAGAAGCUAUUGAAAAGGCAGCAUUAAAAUCGAAAAAACGAAAGCAGUUAGCAAACGAGAAGCGCGAGAAAGAUAAGAAAAAGACAAUGGAACGAUUAUUGAAGAAGCAGGAAUCAAAAUCGGGAAAAGCAACUAUCAAGCACAGGACAGAACGUCAGCAAGGGCCAUGUGAGACCUAUUAUAAUGGAACGUUGGGUGUAGUACUAGCAAUGCCGCCUGGUGCAGACUUUCCUAUCAAACCUCAGAAAGCUCCAGCAGUGCCUGUUAUGAAGUACUGCGGCGUUUCAGGUUGUAAAAAUAUCAAGAAAUAUUCUUGUUCAAAAACGAAAGUACCACUUUGUAGUUUAGAGUGUUAUAAGCGUAACUUGGAGCUAUGGAUGUCGUGAACAUGCCCUACAUUUAAGGAACUGGUACAUUUGUGAAUUGUUAAUUAUUCAGAAAUUGCCCAAAGAGACUUGAGAAUUGUGCAGGGUGCAAGGUGACAUUUAUUUAUAUUUAAAUGAAGGUGUAAAAUUGUUUUUUAUUCACAUCAUAACAUAGGUGCCCUACAUAUUGUUCUUAAUCUGACUGUAGUUACACACAUAUUUAUUUCCAGACCGCUAGUGGGAAACAGAAAGAUGGUACAGAGUAUGAAGAUACCGAGCAAGCUAAAGCAGCAGCCUUCAGACUUAAAAUUAAGUUUCAGAAAGAAGCAGCUGAAAAUGUGGCCUUCUUCACCAUCGCAGCUGUUCCUGUACUAUAAUCUAGAAGUUUUUAAUAUGUCUUCAACUUUCUACUGAAUAAUAGAAAGCACUUCUUCUGAAAUACAAUGUUGUUAGUUUUGUUGCAAUACUGCAACACUUCAUAAAAUGUUCAUGUUCAUACGUGUGGUAUGAUCUUAAAUCCAUUCUAUAUGACAUUAAUGAUAGUUUCUUAGAUCUGGCAACGAACGAGUAGUCUUACGUCCUCUGUAGCAUCAGCACCAUUGUCAAGACGCCUGAUUUAUUGGGUGGUGCAACAGUUUUCCCACCACAGAAUUCACAGACAAAAGUGAGUUUGUGAUGGUUCCCCCCACCUGAAAUGUUGGUUGCCGUGACAGACUGAUUUGUUGUGUAGUGCGAGAUCUAGGUUUGGUUGUAAGCUGCUAAGUAUUUCAGAGUUGUUUUGUUACAACUGAUGAGCCACACUUUUCCAGUUUCUGAUGACUUCAGUUGCCUGUUAAACUGAAUAGGUAAUUGCACUAAGUUUGUAAUAUACUAGAAACUUUUUACAACAUGUAGAAGUAAAACAGAAAUUACAUUUUUCAAUAUGAAUGACAUUUAUAACAUUUUAAUAAUCUGAGUGCUAUAAUCAGUAUUUCUUGUGGGUGUGUGAAGCAUGCAAAAAAAUGAGUAACAUCAUGUCUUUAAAUUUUCAUGCAGCAACUGAAAUGUAACUGUGUCUGAAAUAGUGUUUGUUCACAUUACAAGUGCCGAUACUCUAAAAUUUUGAAUUUCUGAUUCUUGAUUAAUUGUUGAAACAAACCAUGCAUUUUCUUCUUAAUGUGGCCUUCUUCACCAUCGCAGCUGUUCCUGUACUAUAAUCUAGAAGUUUUUAAUAUGUCUUCAACUUUCUACUGAAUAAUAGAAAGCACUUCUUCUGAAAUACAAUGUUGUUAGUUUUGUUACAAUACUGCAACACUUCAUAAAAUGUUCAUGUUCAUACGUGUAGUAUGAUCUUAAAUCCAUUCUAUAUGACAUUAAUAAUAGUUUCUUAGAUCUGGCAACGAACGAGUAGUCUUACGUCCUCUGUAGCAUCAGCACCAUUGUCAAGACGCCUGAUUUAUUGGGUGGUGCACCCGACUUCUCAGAUCUGGGAUGUCAUAGCACAGAAUAACCUCCAGCCAACAGGUACUGCAGUGUGUGUCAAAAUUGCCAUUGUUGUCCCACCUUGAAGAUGGUGGAAUCCCUGCGUAUCAGUGUACAUACACAAACAAUGAAAAACUUCAAAACCCCAUAAUUAGCUGAUAAGAAUACUAUCACUGUGGUGAUCAUCAUUUGUUGGCUAAGUAGACAUUUGGUAACACUCCACUUUACCAAAAGUGAUAACUUACACCACAGAACAUGAAUGCCGCUUUUAAUGUAGACAUUUUGAAAUCUGUUUUAUAGAAGGAGAAAUUACAACAAAUACUCAUAACACUUCAUAAAUGAUACAUAAUAUUUUCGUUGCCCGUUCAGGAAGAAAGCAAUAUUGUUCUUAUCUUUGUUGCGGUAGCUUGCUGACCACACAUUGUAAGGCACGUCACCUGAAUUUCACCCUUUCAACAUUACCUUGAUAUACAUAUAAAUUACAAUAAAUAUUUUCCUGUUUUCCACUUUGAACAUUGCAAUCUAUUUAUGUCAUUUAUCAUCACUUUCAAUAUAUGGAGAUAUUUUCGUUAAGUGAGAGUUGGUAGUCAUAGUACAUAUGAUUGUAUUUUAGCACUCUUAGUUUUGCUGGCUGAAUUUGGCUCCAAAGCCUCAGCUUUUUCUAUUUCAGGCUGACAAGUAUGGUCAUUCAAUAGAUUGGAAUCUGUUUUGUUUGGAGCCCUCUAAUUGCUUCUACAGUCUCUUAUCUUUUCGAACAGAUCUCACGUGAUUCUGAGACUGCUUCAGUUGGUACAAACAGGAUUGUUAGUAUUGAAUAUUUUCCCUUGCAUGUUGGAGUUAAUAAGUAUGUUAUAUAAUUGCAUUGUGUAAACAUAAAAUUUAGUAUGCAAAUAUAGUGAUUUGAAGUAUUUUACACAUCUUGUACACUUAAGCUCCAUUUGCCAUUUGAAGAGAUUAUUUUGUGCUAUUCCUGAUUCAAUUUAUAAUAUUCAUUUGAAUUUAUCUUGGUAGCUGAUGCCUGGUUGUAUCGGUACACUUCAGUUAAAAUCAUAUUUCUAUAAAUAUUAAUUGUUCAAAGAAAUCAAAUAGGUUGCUUAUUUAAUUUCAUAGAUGUGACAGUUUUUAUUACUUUAAACUGAUGUGUAAAGAAUUUGAAGCGAAUAGGUAUAUACAAAUAAAAUCAGAUGUAUUCCUUCCCUGUCAAGAACAGUUUUUACCCUACUUCUAGAAUAGUAAUUUUAUUUAUUUAUAACCCAUUAUAAAAUUUUCCAUACAGUUGCGACAAAUGAGUAAUAGAUUUAUAACUAGAUUUAGAGCCUAUCCACAGAACUGCUCACUUUUAACAAAGUUAUUUGCACAAUAACAAUCCUAAUUUUUUCAGAGAAAUUCUCUCCAAAAGAACAAUCCAGCAUUUAGUUGGAGCAAGGAGUAAUUAUUGCCUACAUUUGAUGAUAAAAGUUUCCUAAUGAUGCGAGAAUUUCACAUCAGUAACUUCCCUGUUAGGCAAACUUGGUCCUCUCACUGCAUUUCUGAAAUGAUUUUUAUUUCGUUAAAUACAAGAAUACACUUUUCCCUAAAGCUUUACGUUUAUCAGCGAUGAAAUUAAGUUCUCUGUAAGUGGGCAGUGAGAGGGCUUAGUAUUUUGCGUUAAAACAAAAAUUGUACAUACAUGUUCUUUCCUAUACGCAAAGCGUCGUUUUUUAAAUGCUGUACAAGUAUGCAGUCUGAUGAAGGCUGAACAGACUUAUUAGUUUGUGUACUUAGUAUGUUUAAGUAAAGUAGAUUGAUACAUAGAGAUGGAUUUGACCCUACCAUCAUUUCAUCUGAUUUGAGCCAAACAUGAGGAUAAUGACAUGUAUCCAAGGUAGUACACUAUUUGUCAACUAUUUCUUGAACCUUAGUAGCGCGAGGAGUGGAAGAAAUUAGACCUGUCCCUGCUGUGAGUAGAGGGUCAGUGUGGAGAGAGCAAGCUCCACUUGCUUCAUUCAGUUCAGUGACUAUUAUCUGUGUGCUUGUGAUAUGGUAACUUUCCCUUUCUGAAAAGUAAUCAAAGAUUUCACCUGCCAUGCACCAGAAAAUAUUCCUCCACUCAUUUAACCACAAGAACAUAGUGACUGCAAAGGCUAUAAAGUUGUUAUUGAACAUAGUAUUGUGUGAUUCCUAAGGUUGGCAGAGACUAGAAACAAAAACAGACUUAUCUGCAUUAGUGGAAUUAUUUAAUGCAGCUUACUGUAGUCAUAUUGUUAAAUGCCGCAUAAAACAAUGACUUGUUACAUUAUCUGCUAGAUUAUUUCAUAGUAUGAAUCAUGUGCUAUCACAAAUGUUGUAUUAUCAUUGCAAUUACAUGUUGCACGUAUUAAUAAAGACAGUGUACAUAUUGCAGGGUAGUUUAUAGUGAUAAGAAUUAAUUUUAAGUUAACAAGCAUUGUCAGCAUUGUAAUCACAGUUUCAACAUAUAUUGAUCUCCAUAAAUUCAACAACUGAAGAUAAACAAUACCGAGCCAGUAUCCUUCUUUAUCCCCCACUCCUGAUCCUGACAAUUAUGCAAUAUGCUGACUAUAGUCCUCACAUUGUCAUGAAAUUUAGUCAUUCACCAGCUUGUUGAAUGAAUGUAACCAUGUUGUAGGGCUGUAAUGGUGACACAUGUGCGUUUUUAUGAAAUUGAAAUAGAUGGGCAUUCUUAUUUACAGAUUAAACUGUCUCUAAUGAUGAAGUUAGUGAAUCAGUAAUAUUAUGAAAAGGAUAGAUUGUUACAUGCUGUAGACAUGACAUGUUGAGUUGCAAAUAGGCACAAUGAAAAGACUGUUCCACAUUUGUGCUUUUGUUCAAAUCCUUCCACAGAAAGGAAAGCAAACA